AUGGUAGACCCUGCCAACAUAUUAGUCUUCACCGGAAAGUCUGAUUGUAAAAGUGUUAGGCUAGCUAUAUCAAAGACUGAAAGAAAUCAAAACUUUGAGCUAAGCUUCAGUAUCUUCCCAUCCCUCAACAGCAAAUUAAGGUCUAUUAACCUUCUAACAAUAGAAGAUCUCCAUAUCUCGCUUUCCUAUAGAAAUAGAAUUCUGAUCAAAAAAGGUUCAAUUGAACAUCUAAUCGACAUCUCCUUGUCCAAAGGAUACUGGGCUACAAUAACAAUCCACAAUCAAGAAGACGUAUCAAGCAUCCUAAUAAAUGGAUCUUUGCAAGGCCAAGAAAAUCCUUUUAGAGGUCCUCUUCUGCAAGCAUCCUUUCAAUAUUUUACAAUUGGAUCUGAUCGUUUUAGAGGCUUGAUCGCAGUCCCAAAGUUUUCUCCUUACCCCUCAUUUGAUAUUUUAGAGUAUCAUGAAUCUCUAUCAUCUCGUCCAUUUCACUCUUUACUCCCCCUUUAAUGAAAAAAAAACCUCCUAAUUGAAAGGGGGUUAAUUAUUUUUUAAAUUUUGCAAGAUUAAAAAUUAUAAAAUGAACAUAUUUUUGAAUUUUAAUUUAUUGGUAAGAAAAUUAUCCGAUUUGCUUGAAAGCUUUUAAUUAAUAUUUUAGUUAAUUUUUCAUUAAAUUAGAUAAAAAUUUUCAUAUUAAAAAAAAUUGCUCCAAUUAAAGGCUGGGUUAAAAUAUCUAAAAAUUCGAAAUUUUGCCUAUUUUUGUUUCAAUUAAAGGGGGGUGGAGUUAGAAGAAUUUCUCCACUGAAAGGCGACUGACAAAAUGAAUGCAAGCAGAAUCCCUCUAAAAAAACAUUCGCCGACGCAUGAAAGGGAAUUAUGUAUUUGUCAUGAUAUGGGAAGUAAUUAUAAAAUCGAUAAAAGGCAAAAUUCUAUGGAAUGUACUUUUAAAUAUUAUCAAUGGGCUAGGACGAAUAUUUUUAUAUAUUUUUCUCAUUCCAGAGUUACUAUUCCUCCACCUGGGUGGACAGAAUGGGCUCAUAGAAAUGGGGCAAAAUGCUUAGGCACUUUAAUUACAGAAUGAGAUGAAGGGUCAAAAGAAACUGCAAUUUUACUAGACAAUCCUGAGCUAUAUGCAACAAAAUUGAUUGAUUUAAUGGAAUUUUAUGGAUUUGAUGGGUGGCUGCUCAAUUUUGAAUGCGAAACUAACAGACCUCGCGAUUUGUUAGAUUUCGUCGGACUUUUAACUGCAUUAGCUCAUAGCAGAUUUGGUGACGAUUCUUGCAUCAUGUGGUACGAUAGUGUUAUCCUCAAUGGAAAAAUUUCAUGGAAAAGCAAAUUAUGCCCUGAAAAUAUAGAAUUCUUCAAUAACUGUGACGCAUUUUUCACUGAUUAUCAUUGAAGGCCUGGAAUGCCUCAAGAGUCAGUCAAUAUGGCAGGCUCAAGAAACUGAAAAGUCUACACUGGAACUGAUGUUCAUGGCAGAGGCACUUGGGGCGGAGGAAUGUUCAAUUCAAGAAUUGGAGCCCAAGACUGUCCUAAUACUUCUGUCGCACUUUUCGCUCCUGGCUGGUCUUAUGAAAAAUCAGGGGGAAAUCGUGAUGGAUUUUUAAAUUUAAAUCAGCUGCUAUGGCAUCAAUCUGUAGUCCCAAUUAUAGACAAGUUUGGAGAAAUUUAUAAAGACAGACCAAAAUUAUCCAAAAAUGAAGCUUUGUCAGGCUGAAAAGUUGAGGUUUUUACCCAUGCCUGAGUACAAACCCCAAAUAAGAAUUCACAAUGGGAAAUUACUGAUGAUUUUGAAUUUGUUUCAAGUUUUAUGCCAACGAGAAGAGUUGUUGAAGUCAAUUUAUCUAAAUUUGGCCUCUUAAAAAAUGAAGGGGUUGUAGGAAAAGUUUUGGUGAAAGGGACUGGUCCGAAUGUGAAUGACCCAUUUUUGGUCACUUUAGAAGCUUUUGAUAGUAAUGGGAGGAUGAUUAUGUCAGCAACCUCAAAUGAAAGGAUUGCUAGUGAUCAGUGAAAAUUAAUAUCACUAGAAAUUCCUGUUCAUGAUGUUGCAGUUGUAAGGUGGAUUGAGCAAGGACAAGAUGCGGAAUAUUGGCAAGGGUAUUAUGGUGCAAGAUUUAAGGAUACGAAUGUGGUUGUAAAAGCAGCUGGAGGAUCUUUGCUGGACUGCUUUUAUAUAAAAAAAUUCACAGAGCCUAUAAACACUUGGUUUAAUGAAUGCCAAGGAAGAAAAUUGUACUCCAGAGGGAGAGUUAUUUCAGAGAAUUCUUGGAACUCUGUAAGAGAUGGAGAUCAGCUACCUGACUACUCUGUUCUUGUGGAAAAUCCUUUCAAUCAAGAAGUGGUUUAUCAUGGCACAAGCUCUCUUAAGCUUCAGCAGAGGAAUAUUGAUCUUUUUCAUAUGAAUUUACAGUUAUAGCCCAUGCCUCCAUUGGCUUGGGCUACCCCCAUGUUUCCCGACGUCAAUCAGGAAUUGGGUUUACCAACAUUUGCUGAUAAAACCCAAACUUCAGUUAGCACUAGGAGACGUCGAUAUAGCCCAAGCCAUAAGGAUGCUCAGACUAUACCUUCUUUUUCUAUCAAAAUUAUUUAUCAAGGCAAUGCAAAAUUGAUAUUAAAAGACACCAAUAAUCAAAUCAUUUUGCAUAAUAAAAUUACUAAAGAAAAAGACAAUGGCUGGGAUGUUGAUGAAUACUAUUAUAAUGAGGUUUCUGAAGUUAUAGGUAUGAUUUGUAUUGAAAAUAAUGGAGAUAGUUAUCUUGGCGGGCUGCAUUUCGAUAUAAAACCAUCUGAUUUCCAAUUAGGAAUAAAAGAAAAAAGAAUUUUGUGGAAUGUUAAAAGCUUUGGUGGGGAGGAUGUUUUUGAUAUUGAAAUCGAGCUGGGUUAUGAGAUGAUUCCUGAAUUUGUGAGGCACUUCGAUAUUUAUGUUGAUGCAAUUUGGAAGGGAAGAGGAUAUAGCAAUUAUAUGGUGGUUCAAGGAGUUCCUAAUGGAGCUAGAGUAGUUAACAUUGUAGUAGAAAAAUUGUCUGGAGAAAUUAGUAAGACUCUUGAAUUUACUUUAAAUCCUCAUGAUAAAAAUAAUAUUUUAUUAUGCUUUUAAUCCUAAAUAUUAUAAAAUGACGCUGAAAUAAUAUUUUUAUCGAAUGGGGAUUAAGUGAUGAAGAAUUUAAAGCUGCCAACCCUUUUAUUUCGAAAUUUAAUUAA